AACAACGCCCUAAUCUACAAAGGAGGACUUCAAAACCCUAAAUCGCUUCAACACAAAAAUUAAAAGAAAAAUGACACAGAAAGCAACUCUUUUCAAAGGCCAGCAGAAAAGGAAAACUGUUCCUCCAAGCCGCCAUGGAAAAGCCCCUAAAAUCCGCAAAGGUAAGAGAGUCGUGAAGCCUGCUAAAGUUACCAAAGAAAUGGACAGUAAUCGAGAAUUAAGCAAGUUCAUCAACAAAUGCAAUGAAGUGAAAGCGGCCACUGCUGCCACCAAGGAAGGUGGUCAAUUGAGUAUAGUCAAACAUCAAGUUGAGGGUGGAAAGGAAUAGUUUUGCAGUUUAAAUAGUACUAGAUGGUUGCUAUGUGGUUAUCGAAAUUUUGGGGGUUGGUAAAUUACAAGUUACUUUAUGAAGUUUGCUGAGUUUAAGAUCCAGUUAUCAGUACCAGUUCACUUAUUUUUGUUUGAGGAAGUAUCAUUAAUUUUUUUUGUUUUGGAAUAUAUCAAAAGGAAGGGAUAUAAAACUCAUAGUGGUAUUGUGCUAUUGUUAAAUACUUCUGUGCAAGGUUUUACCUUGUAAAGUUCAUUGUGUAUGCUUGUUAAAACUAACCGGAGGUCCGGAGUUGCGUGUGGAGUUAGAGAUCUGACUUGGUAAAUGAAGAUUAGUUAAUAUUCGUAUUGCCCUCUCGGAGCACACUGAAUUUGGGGAGAGCGUUAAGUAUUUGUGCUGAACAAGUUGAUCCUAAAAGUGUUAGUUUGAUGUCUUUUGUUCGUUAUGACAUAAAUUUUGUCUCAGCUAUUUUUCUUCUUUUCCUUUUCUAUAUAUGGAAAUAUGGUUUUGCAGCA